AUGGCAGCGAGCCUGGCUCUCAGCGGCGUUGUGGCGCCCGCUCUCACUCUUCCCGAACAAACGGUUGCUCUCCAGAUUGGCACUUGUAGCCCAGCCGAAAUGUUGGACAGGGUUAGGAAGACGCAGGUGUACAUUCUGUCUGGGGUCUCCAAGCAGGUGGAAAGUGAGCUGAAAGGGUUUAAGAGGUCUGUGCAGAGGCUGAAUGCCAACAUGACCGAUCAGUCACCCUUGGUGGGGAUCCAGAGGUGGAAGCGAUCGAUAAAGGCUUGCCUUCUUAGGUGCCAGGAUACUUUGGUCAACUUAGAGAGGUGGGUGAAGAGAGAGAUGAACUCUUGGAGGGGGGUGUUUUCCCGAUUUGAAAAAAUGGUAGUCAAGGAAGAAAAGCCUAGAAGGUCUUUCUAUGGAGAGAGAAGUGAGAAGGACAAGGAGGCAGAGGCAGCUCAGGUAGCUCAGGAAGUUCUUGAUAACCCUAAUCCUUAUGCCCCUACCCCACCAUGCUCUCCUCCUCCUCCAGCUCCGGCAUUGCCAUCCCAAGCAUGCCAGCAGCACCACUGGGUUGUCAUUUCCGUUGACAUCCUCUCCCCCCCUGAAUUUGAUGCAAACAUGUCUGAGGAUCCUCGGGAUUUCCUCGUGAACUUAGAAAAGUAUUUUAAAACGCAGUGGGUGGAAUGAAAAAAUCUGGCUGUCUCAGGUAGACAACCACUUGAAAGGUGCGGCCAAGAAGUGGUGGGAAUACAGGCAGGAGACCAUAGACAACUGGCAUGACUUCAAAGUGUCCUUCCUGCAAUACUGCGAACGUUUAGUGGUGAGAGAGGCCAUCAAGAGGGACCUAGACCUUCCCCAGAGGCGCUGGGAGCCCUUAGAGCAGUUUGUAUGGAAGAAAAGAGCCCUCUACCACAGGCUCUACGUGGAUGCCAAUGAGGAAGACAUGAUCCGAUGCAUCAUUAGCACCCUACACCCAGAGAUCAAGCGUUUCCUCAAACCCCCUCUCCCCAAGACCAUGGACCAGCUAGUGCAGAUGGGUAAGGAAAUCCAGUUUGACUUUGAGCAGUCGGAGAAGCAAACCCUCAAGGCCGCAUAUUCCGAUGAGCAGAUUAGCACCAAACUUAACGUCCUCGUCACUAAGGACCCUUACGAUAGCAAUAGCGUCUGCACUGAAAAAGCUAGCUACGAGUAG